GGCACCGGCUCGCGGGGGAGCCAGCCGGGCGCCCUACGCGUCGGAGGACCGCGGGAGCCGCGGGAGCCGAGUGGACAAAGCAAGAUGGCAGGGAUCUUAGCCUGGUUCUGGAACGAGAGGUUCUGGCUCCCGCACAAUGUCACCUGGGCAGACCUGAAGAACACCGAGGAAGCCACCUUCCCGCAGGCUGAGGACCUCUAUCUCGCCUUCCCGCUGGCUUUCUGCAUCUUCAUGGUGCGGCUUAUCUUCGAGAGAUUUGUAGCCAAACCAUGUGCCAUGGCCCUCAACAUCCAGGCUAGUGGACCACAAAUUGCCCAGCCAAAUGCCAUUCUGGAAAAGGUCUUCACUGCAAUUACAAAGCAUCCUGAUGAGAAGAGAUUGGAAGGGCUUUCCAAACAGUUGGACUGGGAUGUUCGAAGCAUUCAGCGUUGGUUUCGACAAAGACGCAACCAAGAAAAACCUAGCACACUGACUAGGUUCUGUGAAAGCAUGUGGAGAUUUUCAUUUUACAUCUAUGUAUUUAGUUAUGGAGUCCGAUUCUUGAAAAAGACCCCUUGGUUGUGGAAUACAAAGCACUGCUGGUACAACUACCCCUACCAGCCACUCACAACUGACCUUCACUACUAUUACAUCCUGGAGCUAUCAUUUUAUUGGUCUUUAGUGGUUUCCCAGUUCACAGAUAUCAAAAGGAAGGACUUUGGUAUUAUGUUCCUGCACCACCUUAUAACGAUUUGCUUGAUUAUCUUUUCAUAUGUCAACAACAUGGCCCGAGUAGGGACCUUGGUCCUCUGUCUUCAUGACUCGGCUGAUGCUCUUCUAGAGGCUGCCAAAAUGGCAAAUUAUGCCAAGUUUCAGAAAAUGUGUGACCUCCUGUUUGUUAUGUUUGCCAUGGUUUUUAUCAUCACACGGUUGGGCAUAUUUCCUCUCUGGGUGUUAAAUACCACAUUAUUUGAAAGUUGGGAGAUUGUUGGACCUUACCCUUCCUGGUGGGUUUUUAACCUGCUGCUGCUGUUAAUACAAGGGUUGAACUGCUUCUGGUCUUACUUGAUUGUAAAAAUAGCUUGCAAAGCUAUUUCAAAAGGCAAGGCUGGGAAGUGGAGCCCUUUACAUGUGUCCAAGGAUGAUCGAAGUGAUAUUGAGUCCAGCUCAGAUGAUGAGGACUCAGGACCUCCAGGGAAGAACCCCCACACCACAACCACCACCAAUGGAACCAGUGGUACCAACGGCUAUCUCCUAACGGGUCCGUGUUCCAUGGAUGAUUGAUUACUCCCACCUAUAAGUCCCGAACAAAGUGAACUGUUUGCUCCUGGAAGUAUUUAAUAAGUUGCAAAUGCAGUUCCUUUCAUGAUAUCUCAUCACCAGAAACAAAAAACUUAGGGUUAUCAAAGCAUUUUGAAUAGUGUACUGCCAUGUGUCCUGUCUGUAAGUGACAAAGAAAUACCACUCUCUUUGUGUAGGCAUGCUGUAUGUGAUUGACGCAGGGAGCAGCAUUUGCAUUUGUACUGUCUUAGACUUUUAUUUAUUUUUUGUACUUGUUUGUAAGUCUGUGGACAAAAGAGGAUUUCCUCGCUCCUUCUACUCUCUGGGCCCAUGACCGUGAAGGAGGUGCUCCGCCUGCCUCUGCCCCUUUCUCUCACCAUCGUCCCAUUACUGUGCACACCAGCUCGUGUCACCUAGAGCAAGGUCUUCAUCCAGCUCCAAUUUGCUUGCCUUUCUUUGUAUUACCAUGCUGAUUUUGAAGUUGUGCAAAUAGUCACAGUGGCCCUUCGCCCAGCGUAGAGCUUUAAGUAGGAUAAACUCUUGUGGUCCCUCAACAGUUCAGGUGAAAAGGGAUGGCUAUUGGAGGCUUCUUUGAAUUUUAUGCAAAUUACUUGGGAAUAGACAUUCGUUUCCUGUGCACAAAGCUAGUGUGUAUUAAGUACAGCGGGUAGAUGGGGGUUGACCUUGUAGGUUAGAGUUGUUUUGGUGUUCAUAGAGGUAGGAGGAUCACUGUGAGUUCCAGGUCAGCCUGGACUUGUGUGAGACGCUACCUUGAAGAAAAAGAAAAAAAAGAAAAAAAGACUGCUGUUCUUACUGUGAACACAAAAAAGGUAAUUUGCUUAAAGCUCAUACUGACAAAGUAAUCACUCUCCAUAUAGGGAAACUCUCCAUGAUCUGAGAAUAAAGUGAAGAAAGAAACAGAUUUCAACCAGGUUUUGCCACUGUCCCUCUUAAUUCAUCCAGUUUUCCAUCAUGUUAUGUGGGAGAGAAAAGCUAAGUGUAUUUUCAGACAGAAAUGGAGUCUUGUAGGAGUUGGCAAAGUUAUCCUUCAAUGCAAAGCACUUUAGUGCAACCAGCUUUCAAAAAAAAAGCCCUAUCUAGUAUUUGACUUGAUGUUUUUAUUUUGCUAAGCAAAAUAAAACCAGUUGGUGAAAGACUGUUUUAUUCGUUGCUUUGCUCAAACAUAACCCACAAUGACUGUCUUGUUACUGAAGAUGGAGGAGCCCUGCACUCUAAGUCCUUUUACUUACUCAUGUGGUUUCCUAGAAUUUUUGUCCACAUCAAGCUAUUUGUAGACAAAACAACAAAAUUUCUCUUGGACCAUGACAAUAUCAGCCAUAAGGCAAACUACUAAAGAAAAAGUAUCCAUAAGCCUCUUAUAUAACAGUAUUAUUUACAUAUGGGGAUAUUAAAAUUAUGUGCAUAAGCCAAAGAUUUUAGCACUUCUCAUUUUUAGUGAAAGGGAAUGACAUGGGAUUACAAAUGCAUAUAAAUUCAAUAUCAGACAAAACAGGAAUCCAAAGCAAAAUGCAAUGAGAUAAAUGUAUGAAUCAGAACAGUGUGGAUAAAGAAAGCCUGUCUGUCCUGCUUAGAACCAUUCACAUUUAAUUCAAUUUUAUUUUAUUUUAUUUAUUUAUUUGAGAGCGACAGAGAGAAAAAGAGGCAGACAGAGAGAUUGGGUGCACCAGGGCCUCCAGCCACUGAAAACAAACUCCAGACAUGUGCACCCCCUUGUGCAUCUGGCUAACGUGGGUCCUGGGGAAUUGAGCUUCAAACCAGGGUCCUUAGGCUUCACAGGCAAGUGCUUAACUGCUAAGCCUUCUCUCCAGCCCUCAAUAUUGUUUUUGUACCCACAUUUUAUAGCCCAUGAGAUAAAUAGUUAAGAGAAAAUCCCUAAGAAGACCUUUUACUGCAAUCUUAGAUCUUUUCCACCCACUUAUAAAAUAAUGUGUCUGUGGUAUGGCUCAUGGUGAUAACUGAAGAAGAAUAACUAGAUAUAUGUCCUUUUGCUUAUGUAGAAAACAGUGCAACUAACUGUGCUUGGUAGAGCCUGGUUAUUAUUUUCCCAAAACAAGCACAUGUCUAAGAAUGCAAUUUGGGAAUGGUUGAGUUUGUGAGACCAAUUAUAAAGCAUCAAAGGUAUUGUUAGUCAUCUUUUGAAAUGUGUAAAGACUAAUAGCAGGCAAAUUAUAGCUGACAAUUUUGUGAAGAUGAACUUUCUUAUCAAGUGAGUUACAGAAUCUGCUUGCCUCAGUUUAGUAUCUGGGCAAGUCUUCCCAAUGGACGGGAUGAAACAGGUCCUCAGCACAUUCCAUGACACGUAUCAGCACAGAAGAAAAAUUUCAAGGUCUGCUUAUAAAUUAAAGAAGAUACGAAUAAAAAGCUCUCAGCUGAUUCUGUCCAUAGCAAAGGCAGAUCUAAACAAGAUUUUUUGUUGUUGUUUUCUAUAGAAAUAACUUAGAAAGACAAUGGACUGUUCUGCCUUCCUGGCUGAUGACAUUAACUUGACACAGGCUCCUACAUGUCUAUAAUGUUGGCUGCAUGUUCUAGAGAAAAGGAUUCUUUUUGGCUUAUUAAAAUGGAGUUCGUAGGCUUCUUCUGGUAGAGAAUGCUAGUAACUGUCUACUGCUCUCCCAUAGUGGCCAGAUCAGGAAACCUCCUGAGGACUGCUGUCCACCAGCGCCAGGCCAGUGCUUCCGGAGGCAUGUUGUGUAAAUUCAGCCGUAGGUUAGUGAGAGUACUCUUCUCGUUAAUUAGCUUAGCCUGUGGUGAUGUAGCCUUCCUUGUGGUCACACAAACUUACCCAGGCUACCAAGGAAUAUGUAGAAAGGACUCUAGAAAAAGUAAUCUUUGGUCUCCAAUGUUGUAGCUAAUCUAGACUUCCUGGUAGGAAGAAAAACGUAGAAAAUCAAGUAGAAUUGGCCUUGAGUCAAUAAAUGAUGUAAUAAUGUGUGAUCUAUGUCUGUGUAUGUAUGUUUGUCCAAAAACUGAUAAAACCAAAAGUUCACUGAUUCAUCAUUUUCUACAUUCUUGUCAUAAAAACCAUCCACCAUGUACAAUAAAAGCUUCCUCCUUCCUUUGUUCUUGCUCCCCAGCAGCUGAGCAUGGUGAAGCCCUUUCAGCCUCAGCCACAGAGCUACCUGUGGUGGAACCCAGGUCAUAGAGUACCGAGGUCACACAAAGCCAAAUGCAGCUCACAAUUCCAAAUUCAGUCUUUUGCAUGUUGAGAAAGAAAUAACUGUCAGUAUUGUUGAUUAUUCACAUGUUUGUUGGAAAAAUGCAAAUGAUUGUCAUUUAACCCCAGGACUUUGUUUAACACACUAAUGCUGCAGGGCUGCCGGACAGGUGGUAUCCCGAGCUAAAUGACCAGGGCAGAAGUUAGCAAGAAGUUAGAUCAGAUCAGACUGUCUUCAGCCAAAAUGGUAGGUGAGCCUCAAAAUUUCCAGUUCUGUUGCCAGACUUUCCCCAGUUAAGCACUACAUUAAUAGUGUUGCAGUCAGCAGUAGACUAUGUGUUAAAUACAAACUAGGUAUUUAAGUACACUCAGUAUUCAUAGAAUGGCAAAACUGCUUAACGGCACAUUUCUCAGAAUGUGUCCCUGUCACCUUCAUCUUGGGUAGAAAGGGUCUGAAUUUUCCACUGUGCAUUCAAAUCUCAUUGUUAUUUGGGCUAAAUAAAAAAUGAGACUUCGUGUCAGCGUCCCUUAGUCUUUGCUAAUGAGCCCUUCAAAGAGAUGGGUUCCCCUAAUUGUCCCCAAUCUAUUCAUAAUUUUGCUUUCAUAGUCAUUUGUGGAAAUGUUAAUGCCAAAGUUGCCUGGAUAUUUAAAUAUUUUUCUUAAUUUGAAGUAGAUAAAUUGCAGAGUAACUCCAAAGGUAUCAAAUAGCUCUGUACUAGUAUGUGUGAUGAUAUCAUUAUAUCCAGAAAAACUUCAAGAAAUCCUUUGGAAAAAAGGUUAAAUGUUUACAUUUCAUGUGCUAUUUGUGUCUUCAGGUUUUAAUUGGCUUUUUUUGUUGCCUUUUUUUCUGUCUUUGACGUGUUUCUUCUUUAUAAAUAAGUAAUAACACCCAGAAAUGUUUCUGACAUCCAAAUAAGAAAAAAAAAAAUCAAUUAAGAUCAGUCAGUCUGUGGGAAAGUGACCAGUUGGCACUUCCAAGUAUAAAACAAAAGAGAUUCAGGGAGCUCUAGUAUGGUGCCUGCCAUCUAGCAUGCUGUCUGUGGAGAGAAUGACCAGAUACAGUUCAUGAACCGCAAGUAGUUCAUGAAGAAAUACAGUGGGAUUGUGUUUUCUUAAACAUAUUAUACCCAGAAUCAGCUUCUCGGUGAAAUGAAUUGUGCCAUUCUCAAAUUGCAGGGAACACUUCAGUUCUAGGACAUUGCAGGCCCAGAGGACAUGGUAGUUUGCCUUCGUGUGUACGGCACCUUCUUGCCCCUAGGGGGCGCUCAGUGGCUGCUCAGGCACCCAGGCCACCGAGCAGUUGGAAACUGAUUCACGUUCAGAGGUGGCAUACUUGAGGCUACUUUUCAUGAAUAAAACUGUGUUGGAGGGACUGGAGAGAUGGCUCAGCUGUUCAGGUGCUUGGUUGCAAAGCCUGAUGGUCCGGGAUUUGAUUCCCCAGUACCCACAUAAAACCACAAAAUGCACAAAAUGGCUCAUGCGUCUGGAGUUCUUCUGCAGCAGCUAGCUGCCCUGGCAUGCCUAUUCAUUCUCUUUCUCUCUCCUUACAAAUAAAUACAAAAAAAGUUUUUUUUAAAUAUUGGAGAACAGAGCAUAAAUAUUACUCAUGAAAUCUGUAGACAUUUAAAGGAGAACCUUAGUCUUUUCCAAGUAUUUGCAGCUUUAACCAAACCCAAAGCCUUUGAAAGGAAUGCAUAUGAGACCCGAUCAAGAAACGGUCAGUGCUGCCAAAUGGCUUAAGACACAUGCAUGAAACUGGGCAUCGUCAAGAUUGCCCAAAAAAUGAUGAGAGCGAUUGUUAGCCUACGGUCUGUCUUGUUUAUCUCGGUCUCUCACAUUCCAUUUAACCUUGUAUAUCUUUCAGUAAAAGGAAGGGGGAUUGUUAACAUUUUUCCGCUUUUAGCUUACUACUGGCCUUUAGAUCACUCAUGUGCCCACACUUCUUCCUCCACCUGGUUCCAUUUUUCUGGAAGAAAAAAAAAAUUCUACUGUGCCCUUGUAUGCUUGUUUCUUUAACACGGGCCCUUGAAGGUUGGCUGCCUCUCUUGGUCUAUGUUGCGUGGCCUCGGAACCAAGGAACAACAGCUGCCAUUAUGAUUUCUCUGCCCAUGAAAAACUAAGUUCAUUCAGAUUUAUUUUAGUUGUUUUUGUCAUCUAUAAUUUAUAAACUGUGAAACUGCCCUUGAGGAACUUUUUAAAGAUUAGCUGUAAAACCACAACUAAAAAGCUCUGCAAUAGGAGCAUUUACACUAUGAUCUUGGAACUUUACCUUAAAGCUUCGUUAACUUAAAUGAAACACUCCAGGUUGGAUUUUCCAAAAUUUCAUAAAGCCCCUCAGCUCACAGUUCUCAUCAGCUCUUUGCCCUUGUCAUCAUCAUUUAUCUUUGUGGCUGUUUGUUGUCAUGGAAAAGAUGGUGGUUAGUUUUGGGAUUUGAUUUUUCUUUCUUUCAACUUUCAGUAAGAAAUGGGAUAGGUGAAAAGACCUUAUCUGUUUUCCUAAAGCAAUUCAGUGCUUGAGCAUCUCUGUCAGAAAUGGAAUGAUGUACUGUUAGCCAAUUCGAAUUACUUUAAUGUAUUGUUAUUGUGUUUUUCUGAUUUUAUAUGAAAAUAUAAUUAUUCAUUCUUUAUCUCUGGAAAUAAUCAUUAUUAUGAGAAUCAUUUUACUUUGGAACACUUUCAUAAUAAAGAUAAGUAUUAAGAGUA